GCCCGCUCGGAAAACCGUUUCGAAAGUAUCACCAUUGCGGUGAAAUAAUUUAUGCGCAUAGGCUUGUUGCUCGGAUUUGUAUCUACGAUGAGCAACAAUUCCUCUAUCGCCCUACUCGAUGCAAAUUAAAUUUCCUUGGGAUUUGUCUCAACACUCUGGUUAACACUCUUAUCUCAACAAAGCUGGUAUUUACGGUUGGAAAUGGAAACAGCCAGCAAUACGGAGAACUUGAUAGCUUACGCAGCCAAGCGCGCUGGAGUGGCGGAAUCUGUUCUUUGCCUAACGAUCAGCUUGUUCGCAGGUAUGUAUUCAACGGUGACACUCUUGCUUCAUGUCCGCAGUCAUACUGGUUCGAUAAUAUAAGGCGGGAGCUUAUAACCUCAUCGCCAGUGAACCGUUACCUCUUGGUAGACUGUACGAUUGAAAUUACAUGGCUGAAUUGUCUUGUAAUUCUGUUCAGUCGCCUGUUUACUUGGCCUUGGUUAACCUAACACAAGCUUCACUAGUAGUCACGAGGUAUGGUAGGUUUUCUUAGAGAUUAUGUAAUACAAGGUAUUUAUAAUAGUAUGUUGUUGAUGAGGCGACACACUUUACAAAAUUCCGUGUAAGACUCAUCUCAGGUCAACGGUUGUUUGAAAAGCGAUCAAACCUAUUCGUUGAAUUUAGGAGUGAUGGUACAUUGAUUUCAGCAAUUAAAAAAGUAACCUACAUCGCCUACACAUAACGAAAAUGAAAAAUUAGAGUUGCUUGAAAAUCACUUUAUGAACACAGAUGUCGGACCCAAAACACAUAAGUGGCUGUAAACAAACAACUUAAACUUAGCUAUAUUGCUUUGCCCAUUUUGGGGCAAGUCGAGUCGAAUAUUUAAAAAAAUUGACACUCAUAAUUUUCGUGUUUGAAAUGAAUAUUCUCCACGGGUGCAUUUAAUUUUGUCUUCCACUUCACACUCUUUCAUUUAGGUUUGCCGCUAGCUUUUGUUUAUAGAGCCUUUUGUUAUCGGAAGAACCCAACCACUCAGGUGAGAGCCUCUAUUGACCACUUGCAGUGAAUACUUGUGACCUAAUGAACUUUUUUAAAAAUCAUAAUUAUUCUUCUUUCGCCCCGCAGCACUUCUUCAUCACUGUGUGUGGGCUUCUGCUAGCUUUCUUUUGUUUUGGUGAGUGAAACGAACAUGAAAUUCAAAACUUGUCACGCAAGCUCCUCGUGGGUACACGCCGACAAAUUAACUGGUCACGCAGGAUUUAUUUAUUUGUUCAACAAAAUCGAUUCUUGAUUGAUUGAUUUUUUUUUUAAACUUAAGUUAUUUCACAAAAGAAAACACAAUCGGCAAAUCUGAGGGUAUCAUUUCCUUGAGCAAUUCAGUUUUUCAUUAAUCAACGGUUAAUAGUGAGUUCAUCAGUUUCACUGCAAUCUCACGCGGAUCCAGUGUGACUGGGAUUUGCUCGUUCAAGUCCCUUUAAUUUUCCGCUGUGUCCUCUUAGUUCAUUCAGCCUUUGAAUAAAGAAAGUACAAAAAGGCUUUAACUUGUCACGCAAACUGCGGUGAAAAAUGUAAUUAAAAAUUGUCCAAAGUGGUAUUUUGGAUUUAUUGAGUUGCAGGCUUUAUCCGUUUAAGCCUGAUUCGUAAUUGUUUGUUUCCUGAUUAAAAGAAAAAAGACCAGCGAACAAAGAAAAACAACAACAACAAAAAAAAAUCAACCGCAAACCUAGGGCUACGCAGGUUUACGGUCAAGUCGCCUGAAAGUCAUCUGAUCUUAAGGGGGAAUGAUGCCAGUAACACGCUUUGUUCGCGUGGUUAACAAUAAACAAAAAAACCGUUGUAAAAGUUUCAGGUUGUUUUUUAUACGAUAAAUCAAACGAAGAGAACUUGAUGUAUUUUUCUGGUAUGUGAGAAAAAUUCUGAUAACUGAAAGUGUUCCGCUUAUAAUUACUAGAAUCUGUACUGUAGAGUGAGUAGUUUAGUUCAUAGCAACGAACAAUGCUGAAACGAACAGCGAUAUUUGAGUCUUUGUUGUACUUCAUAUUCGCAUAGGUUAGCGGACGAAAACAUUUUACGAGUUUAUUCCUUGCGAUUGUUACUUUUCUUCAAGAUUUAACGCUCAAUAAAAUUUCGGGCGACAUGACUAUGAAUUUCGGGCGGCAUGACUCUGGUUUCAGGCGACAUGACUUCGGGCGAGAUGACUUUCGGGCGACUUGACCGGUUACCGGCUACUAAAAUCUAGUAUAUUUACCUAAUUAAUAUUUUUUUUGCACCCCAUGUAUGAUCAUUAGAUUUCUGCCAAACUCCUGUCAACUAAUUCAAGCAUGUCACUCAGAAGAAAUCAAACAACUAGUCACCAAAAACGAUAAGUUUUUGCCUUUGUUCUGUUUCUAGGUUGGUCUUGUUUUCACUCUGUUGUUAACAUCCUUUUGGCCUACUUGUUACUACGUUUCGGCGGACCUAAAACCGUGACAGUUAUCCUGAUGUUUUUGCUAAAUGUGGUAAGAUUGUCUAUGAUCUCAUAUUCGAAACAGAAUGUAAACAUCCAAAAGUAGUAAAAAAAACUGCUCACAAGUUGAAGUUAAAUUUGAACUGCCGCUAUCGUAAGUUUUUUUUUGGCAGUUUUCAGAAAACAGAAGUAGCCGACGUAAAUCCAAUAUUUAAAAAGAAAAAAAAACAGCUCACCACAGGCAAACUGCGGUAAACAAAGGCCAAGAAACUGCGCAAUUUGUUCUGCGCUUUUCAUCUGAGCAGACUUCCGCGCGAGUCGAGCUUGUCGGUCACGGGCGAAGGGAGCUCCUAACGUUCGUCACAUACAUUUUGCGCUCGUCUCGAGCUUAUCUCAACGCGUUUGGAAAAAAAAAAAAACGACACCUGUUCUAAAGGCGAUAAGGGCCACCGCAAGCGAACUGCAGCAAGUAAAUGCUAACAACAAGCAAACUUUUGCUGUCAUGUUUGAUUUACAUGCCGUAAAGUGAUCAUAGAAAUUACAACAAGCCAAUUCCCAGAAGGGAGACACCAGCAAUUACGUCUGAGAUAAUUAUCUUAGUUUGCUUGUGUGUGUUUUUCCUUUUUUUAUCCGUACUUAUUUUUUUUUUCAGGGUUAUCUUAUCACUGGAUACGUUUUCAAGUCGUAUUCUAACGAUUAUUCAGUAUCAUGGACGACAGCUCACUGUGUACUAUGCCUUCGUCUUACUGGUAAGUAAAAAGAGAAAGCCGCAUAGCGUUGAGGUUACCAUGACAACUACGAUGAACCAGAAAAAUAAGCUGAAAUGUUCCAUACUGAGGUUCGUCACGUUGUCGUAACAAAUCCUUAUAAGAGUUAUCGUAUACUCCACUAUUUAUUUAAUUCUUGUUAGCUAUCCUCAUGUUUACAAUUUUUCAAUAUUUACCCAACAAAUCUUUCAAUCCUCUUCAGGUUUGGCUUGGGAUUAUUACGACGGACAUCAAGACCAGGUUAGUAAAACAAAAUAUGCACCGAAACUUAUUUGGAUAAUCUUUUGAUGAAAUUAAUAAAAAAAUUAUUGUAUCUUAUCCCAUGAAGUUACUCAAGCAACUCUAUCUGAAACCACAAGCUUCCAGCGAGCGAAUACCACACGACAAGUUUGUCUCUGAGGGACGAGUCGUUCUUAUCGCCUGGGAAGGGGGGCUUGGAAGAUCUUCUGGAAUCACGUGAUUUUAAGGGGGGGACGGAGGGGUGUCAGUCGUCGGGGGACAAAGAGGGAUAAUAAAAGAUCAACUGCCCAUGAGGGGGAUUAGAACAAUACUACAGAGCCUGAGGGGGGAGGAGGGGAGGAAAUCAGGUAAACGUCAUUGCGAUAAAUAAUGACAGCUCAGAUUAGUUGUUUGUGACUGAAAAUUAGCGUUGUGUUCCCUUCUCGUGCGGCUCAUUUGCUGUUGUGUCUCUUUAUCGUGACCAUUCGCGCCUCUGCACCGUUUCGUUUCUUCUUUCCCUAUUGAUGUUAUAGAAUGCAGUCUGAUGUAAAUGUAUUCUUGAACUUGUUUGUCUCUAACAAAAAAUUACCUAGUGCGUCAUUUACCCUCUGAUGUAGCAAAACAAUUUGUUAGGAAAUACAUGGAUAAAUAAACAAAUAAGGAUUGACACUCACUCAAUAACAUAGUUUUUCGCGCUGAAUUAACAUUAACAAACAAUAUUUUAUCAGGAGAAGUUGUCUGAAGAUUUCAAAAGUACUGCCAUCUAUAGCUGCCCAUCGCUUUUGCAGGUAUGGACAUCUCGAAAAUAAUCGGCUCUUUUUGCUGCCUGAAACACUUUUUGUUACUCACUGUAAAUGAACAUGUGACCAAUGUUAUCCGGAAAGAGGUUUGGCGAUAAAAAAUGUCACCGUAUGUCAAAGAGACUUUUCCCACGGGCCCUCAAUUUUUUAUUUUCACAAAAAGUAUUUGCGUUCAUUUAAAUCUACCCUGAAAAAAAAUUAAUGAAUUGGUUUGCAAUUUCAAGACUGAUUGCUUUUCGUAUUUUUAAAUGUACUCAUCCCAUAAAUUUGCUUUCAUUGAGCUACGAGAAAGUAGCAUGAACUAAACUACGAGUGGUUUUUAGUAAAAAAUGAUAAAUAAGUUUAGAAGAAAUAGAUUUCAUUCAUCUGACUCCGUUCAGACAAUAGUUUCUCUACAUAACUGCUAACUUUGAGAAAAACUUAUAAUGCCUUUGUUCAAUCCUAUCUCCCCACCUUCCUCAGCUUAACUCACUCUAUGUUUUAGAUAGCAAGCUAUUGCUUCUUCUUUGGAGGGUUUCUCGUUGGACCUCAGGUAAAAGCAACCGUUUUUAAAUUAAAAAUUUUCUUUUUUUCGUAAUCAGGUGAUGUAGGUUCAGUUUCCCUAUGUUUCCUUGCUACGUCUUAGAAGCGUUUUUUAUGUUUCCGUUCAAGUGUAGUUUUCGUGAUGCUCGCGCUUACUUUGUUUAAGUUUGUGUGUUGUAUUAGUAACGCCCAUUCUCUUUCUUGCGUGUCGUUGUCAUGAUAGUAACGUGCCCGCCCUUGGCUAGAUUUUGUCUCAAACGCUUGAGCUAGCGCACUCUUUGUUUAGGGUUUGAUUGUUUUGAUCGUGUGGGUGCUCGCUCUGUUUACUGUUUAAUUGUCACGUUGGUGAUACGCGCUCUCUCUGUUUCGUGCUUGAUUGUUCCCAAAUUGUGCGCGCUCGUUUUGUUUAGUGUUCGAUUUUAACGGUAGUGACUUGUGCUCACUUGGUUCAGUAUCUGUUACGUAAGUGAAACGCGCGCGCUCUGUGUCUUAGUGAUGGAUUGCUAUUAUUGUUGUGCUUUAAUAUCAUUUUAGUUUUGCGCGCACUUAAGUUGUUUUAUUGAUAGUUACGCUAUUUAUGGGUACGCUCCUUAUAUUGAUUUAUUACCAUUUGAUGCGAUGAGUUGUCUUGUCUAGUCGUUACUCAAAUGAUGUGCGCUUUUUUAAUUUAAUCUUUAAAUUAGUGUUGCGCGCUUUCUCGGUUUUUUGUUUUAGUGUUAUGGUGACCAUGUUCCUCUUUAUGUUUUGUCAUGUGUGGUUCCCCUUUCUUCGCUUCUGGUUGAUGCCUUUCAUGUUUAGUUUUUACUACGGUAAUGGCAUUACUCUUUUGCGAGUGUUAAUCAUGUGGAUUAUCUUUGUUUUUUAAUGUAUUUUGACAAAAUUUUACAAUCGACCUCUCGAGCCCUAAUUCAUUGAGGAAUUUUUUCAAGUUUCCAAUAAGGAAAUACUUGGAACUAAUUGAGGGACGUCUGAUUGACAAGAAAGACGACAUCUCGAAUUCUCGGUGAGUGGAGUUCACUGCCGCAAGUUUUUGUUCAGUAUAGUUUCGCUUCAGCUGGCGAAAAGACAGAGCGCUUUUCGAUCGAGUGUCGUAGAGCAAAACCAAAGAAAUCACCACAGCCAAUCGAAAGAAAGGAAAAUACUUUUAAGAGCCAAUGAGAACUAAAAGUAAGAACAACCAAACCGCCUAAAGCGCGGGAAAGCGCGGGUGACCAAGUCGUGAUUGGUUUUAGUUUUGCAUCUUAUUGGUUGAGAGGCUGAUGCAAUUUUUCCGGACCAAUCACAAAGCGAAGUAAAGAAAAACCAAUGCAAUCUAGGAUUACUUUUGACACUCGACUGAAAAUUGUUCUCCUUUCUGAAUGAUCAAAAGAGGCAACACGUUCCUUGCUCUUUCUUUCUUGAUGUAUCCGGCAAAACAUCAAAUGCGUACUUUCUCUUUCUAUGAUGAGCGAGUAAUCUUACUCUAUUUCCUUUCUAGGAAUUUAGCUGGCCUUAAGCGUUUCAUCAUUGGAAUAAUGUACCUAGUAACAUUCACUUUGCUGCAGCCAAGAGUUAAAGGGAGCUUCCUAGCAACUGCUGAGUACGAUGUGAGUAACUCUUAUCGGUGACUAUUUAACCUAAUUGCAGUGCCUGUUUGUUUGUUCAAGUUGCAUUUUAACACUCAUGCGUGGUAACUGAGCGAAUAUAUAAUUUAUUUGCGUCCAAGUUUGUGCGAUACACCCAACCUCAUUCCCAGGGUCUCUCUUCUUCCCUUCCCUUGGAGAGAGAGGAAAACAAAAAGGAAAAAAAUUGGAAGCGAGGAACCACCCUGGUUGAAAAGUUGCCUAUACAUACUGCAUUACCGACCUUAUGAUAUUAUUCGCGAUCGAUUGGGAAUUAGUGGCCUCAGUGAUGUGCUCAUAACACGAGCUUAGUGACACGGUACUAUCCAUGUCCAAAAUUGUUCCCAGAAAUUGCCUUGCCUAUCAAUGUUAACAAAAAUUUAACAAAAAUUAAACGCAACCCGGUGUUAGAAUUACUGGAUUAAAUUAAGGAACUUGAUUUGAUUAUUUCUUUUCAUACAGAAAAAAUCGUUCUUGUUUAAGCUUUGUUAUGCCAUUGCAACUACAAAAGUCAGUGUUAUGAAAUACCAAGCAGUUUGGUUAAUAGCGGUAAGUAUUACGUUGUAAUGAUCGACAUUUCAAAGAAGAGGCUCAGAGAGAACCCAAUUGGUUACCAUAAUCCAACUCAUAUAUUAUUUCAAGACUUAUUGAAAGAAAAUAGGAAAAAAAGAGGCAUACCGUCAAUUCACUUUUGUUUCUUUUUUAAGUUUGUUGAUAUCUUCCAGUCUUUAGACUCAAGGUGGAAUUCUCUGUACAAUUACUUGUCUACACGUAUUUUGUAGCGUUGGAUCGAUGAACUUAAAAACAAGUUGUUAUUUUUGAUCGGCACAGAACAUUACUGUAUUUCAAGGCAGGAUUAUUUGUUCAUUAUGUCAUUCUUAGCAAGCAUCAAUAUUGUUCCUUAUUUUUAAUCUUUUAUCUUCAGGAAGGUUCUUGUAUCAUAUCAGGUUUGGGUUACAAUGGUCGGUCAGCGGAUGGCCGAGUCAGAUGGGAUGGCUGUAAUAACGUCCAUCUUCUUCUCUUUGAAUGUGCCUACAGAUUUCAGGUAUAACUUAACCUUUGACACCCUCACAUCACUAUAUAUACGUUCAAUACUGUUUUCUUUACAUUUUAUGUGGUAAGGUUUAACAAUCAAGAUAUUCUCUGGUUGGCGAUUAUUUUCCCCUAUUCCUCUAACAUCAUUGUUUGAUUCACGAGUGACACUGUAAGGAAGGUAGGUGCUGAAGUUAAUGAAUCAUGAUAGGUUCUGAAUCAGAGAACUACUUGCAGAGUUGCGGCAGUAAGAAUGUAGAAAGAAGGCAGUAAGAAUGCUGGUCCAUGUUGCCACCUUUCCCAUCUAAGUAUUUAGUCCGGUUUCUUUAACAAAAACAAAAAAAUCUGCUAAUUCAUAGGAAGCCUAACCACAUUGUCACAAUUUGUAUAAACGUUGUUUAUGUUACAGUUGUAGUGCUUGUGAAAGUGGUUAAUCAAUGUCUUCACCAACUGAUCGCCUUUAAAAUGUUUCCAAAGUUUUACUUCGACGUUUUGUAACAGCAACAUAUAUGGCUCCCUUUUCCACUCAUAACUCUGUGAUGUAUUAUUACCUUAGUCAGAGCCUAAUUUUCCCUUACCUUUCCCUACAGCAUGUAAUAGAUGCAUUUAAUUUGAAAACGAACCAAUGGAUGUUUAGGUAAGUGGAAUUUUGGUUCUUUAAAGGCACUAGUUUAAAAGGACAACAUGCAUAUUUUCACAAAAUAUUCCAAAGAGGAUUAUCAGUGGGUAGCGAUUAUUUGCUCUCUAUAAACAUGGUAUACUUAAGGUAAAUAUGGUUUCUUGGGUGCUUGCUCUCUAACUUUCCAGAUAAAUAUGUGGUUAAUUUUGAGCUUGAUCGUCGAAUAAAGAAAGAUGUUAUUCACACGGUCACGCGUAGACUAAAUUCAUGACCCAGGAGUGGUUAUUUCUUGAUACUUCUGGCCUUGGAAUGACGCCAUUCAGUCUCUUUUGUUAAUCUUCAAAUUAUUCCCUCUGAUGUUCUAGGUAUUUGUACAAAAGACUGCGUUUCUUGGGUAAUAAACUUCUGUCGCACUUCUUAACGCUCGCAUUCGUGGCUCUGUGGCAUGGAAUUGAACCUGGAUUCUUCCUGUGCUUCAUUGGAGAAUUCGCCGUCAUUGUGAUGGAACAACAGGUAACACAAUGCAACCAAUCAAGAACAAAUGAGCUUUUUCUAAUUUCAAGGUGGAGAAUUAUUAGGAUUGCAUUGAUUUUCCCUUACCACGCCCUUUAAAAGUGCGGAAAACUCACACCAACAUGAGAUUUCACAGGUUUUAUUAGUUUAGCGGGUUUUGCGGAUUAUUCUCGAUUCGCAAGAGGUAAGACCCCUAUAAGAAAUAUCUCGUAAAAUAAAAUGGUCUAUCGUCGGUCAAAUGAAAAAAGUCCACGUGUACAUCAAAAGUCAUUUCAUGUUUCUUCGUAUUCGUAUUCGAAAUAUCUAGCGACGAGUUAAGAGUUAUCCACAGUGUUACUCGCCUUUGUGAACCUCAGCAAUUUCGAAGACUUGAGAACGAUGCACUUCUUGCCUUGUAUACGGUUUUUUUCUUGAGUUGAAUCUUUAAUCAGCUAACUUUGAUACCUCUCUCUCCUAUUUCAUUCAGCUUUUAAGUUUUUGUCGUCGUGUAAUCCAGACAUCAUUUGAAGAUUUCCCGCUGUUAUUCAAGAUUUCCGUUAUCCUCUUUGGUGUUUGCUUACGUCUGUCAGGGGUCGCCUUUUUCUUGGUCCCGUUUUUACUGCGGAGACUAGACCUAUCCCACAAGGUAAACUCCCGGAUGAAACUGUUAGCAAGUGGAGUUUGUUGUUAUGAUAUUGAAAAAAUCCUGUAAAAUUAAACUGAAGUGAAAAUGUUUAAAAAAACCGUCUGUAUUUUAAGCAGUAACUUCUGUUUAUGUCCCUGCCUCAGCUUAGGUGUAAAAUUUCUCUAUGCACCCGUCAGAUCAUGACAAUGGAAUCCACCGAAAAACAAAUUAAAAUGAAACGAAGGUUGCUUCCUUAAACAGAUCAUCUUUCUUAAAUAUUUGUUUCCGUAUAUCUGUUGUCUCCUGUCACUGGUGAUGAUAUAGCUUUCGUUGACUUUUGGUUGGAAGUCCAAUAAUGCUAAAUUGUUUUCUUGUUUCUUUAUCAAGGCAUGGCUGUCCCUAUAUUACAUAGGCCCAGUUGUGUUAGGAAUUUGGUUUGUUCUUUAUCCACUGGUACUCAAGCCUUUGGCAAGAGUGCAAAAGAUUGAAACCAAAGAUCCUAAUGAAAACAAGUAAGUCGAUAACGCGGUGUUCAUUUGAGGAUACCCAAUUUUUUCCUUCUUUCCUAUGUAAAGAUAGUUUAUAGGGCCAAAGCUUCGAAAGGUAAAUUCGUUAGAAGAGUCUUGAUCAAGUUGAAGCUGUUCCGGUUAAAUUUAUUUCGCUGAUUUUUGAGCAAGAUAGCACAGUAUCAACCAUGCAUAUUAAUUAUGGACUCUUCUUGCUGAUGGAAUUCUCAUGAAUAGAAGAGCCAUCACUCUUCCUGUCUUCACGCUACUCGGUACUGUAAACCCCUACACGUUUUGCCCAUUUUGUUACGCCCACUUAACCAAAAAACAUCCUAAGAUUUACAUCUGGUGGUUCUCAUUAGAAUGUAAUAAUAAAGGCAAUUUAAUUCUUUUCUUAAGGUUACGGCAAUCAGCGAAAGAAGACUGAAGGAUGGUUCGGCUGUGUUUCUUCAUUCCUUUGCAAAUAUAUUAUGAAAAUAUUUUAACCAAUCUAAUAGCCAUUAUCAUCAGUAUGUUAUUUCAGAUGGCAUUGCUUUUGGCUGUGAUCACCAAAGCUGUAACUGAGCGAUUUUUUUUAUGAAUAGCUCUUCUUCUGUCUGAAAAGAGCUAAUAAUGCAGACAAAUCGUAUCUUUAAAUAUUUAAUUAUGAAAUGUAUGCGUUGUAAACUGUUCAAAAAUAAAAUUUUAAGUUGUCUAGUUUGCUACUCCUUCUCUCAUGAAUGGGGCAUGGUUAUGAUGAGAUUUCUGUUCUGUCUCGUACAGCAUACAGAAAGCAGCUAGAACACGAAAGGAUUGUGGGGGAAAUACGAGACGUAGUGUAUGGAAUCAGGCAAUGUACGAUUAUCUGGUUUGUUCAUGUACUCUUGUAUAGAAGAUUUCAUAAACCAAAACCAGACGGUAGCGUCCAAAAACAGAUGCAAGCGUUCGAAAUCGGUUGAAACUUUCCAGUAACGAACAUGUGUGAGCGAAAUAACUCAUAAACUUGCUGCGUAUGCCCUGUAACAUUACAAUAAAAAUGUGUUAAUAAUUAUAGAAUCAAAGGGCGCCUUUGGCCAACUUGUG